AAGAUCAGAGGAUAAGAAUUUGAAGAGAAGGCAAAGAAAAUUAUUAAUUAAAUGGCAGUGUCGUCGUCGUCCGGUUGCUUGAGAGUGUGCGUUACAGGACGUGGCUCCGGCUACGUCGCUUCUUCCUUCAUCAAAAAGCUUCUCCUAAACGGCCACAUAGUUCAUGCAACUCUUCGCAACUUAGAUGAUGAAUCGAAAAUAGGGAUUUUGAAGAGGCUCCCAAAUGCAACUACUAAUUUGGUGUUGUUUAAAGCCGACAUUUAUGAACCUCAUGAGUUUGAAGCUGCCAUCCGAGGCUGUCACAUCGUUUUUCAUGUCGCUACUCCUUUACACCACACUCAUGCAACUCAGUACAGCGAUGUGACAGAAGCAUCGGUUGCGGCGGCAAAGAUGAUAGCGAAAUUGUGUGUGGAAUUGGGAACGGUUAGGCGGCUGAUCUACACAGCCUCUCUCGUGUCGAUGUCGCCGAUGAAAGACGACGGCAGUGGUUUUAAGGACGUCCUUGACGAAAACUGUUGGACGCCUCUCAAGCUUUCCUAUCCUUUUUCUAACUCAACUGUGGUGGGAUACGUAGAUUCAAAAACAGCAACAGAGAAAGAGUUGCUCAAGUUUGGGGAGAGCGAGGAAUCGAUGAAAUUGGAAGUGGUCACAUUGGCGUGCGGCCUGAUCGCCGGUGACACUCUCCAUCCAUCUCCAGCAGCAACCACCACUGUGACAUUUUCUCAGUUCAUCGACGAAAGUGAACCCUUCAAACUCCUAAGAUUUCUUGAAGAGUUGGAUGGUAAAGUCCCACUUGUACACAUUGAUGAUGUUUGUGAAGCCCACAUUUUCUGUAUGGAACAAACUUCAAUUCAUGGCAGAUUCUUGUGUGCAACUUCCUUCUUGUCAUCUCCAGAAAUUGCCAAUUACUACCAUCUUCACCAUUCUCAUUUGCAACAAAAACACGGGAAAUUGGAUGAAGUGGCCAAAAGGAACAUCAAAAUGAACUCCAAGAAGUUGAUUGAGAGAGGUUUCAUAUACAAGUAUGAUGGUGACAUGAUACUUGAAGAUGUUUUCCAUUGCUGCAAAAACCAAUUUCUUGGUUAAUUAUUGUAUUGGUGAAAUUGGUAGGAUGUGACUAUUUCAUAGUGAUUAUAUAUGUGUAGUAAACUCUUUUAUAUUUUCAAUAACUAUAUUUGGAUACAUUCAACAUGGAAAAUCUACCAACAUAUAUCACUCAUCCA